AUAACAAAACGUCAAAAGUACGAUUAAAAACAAAGCCAGAAUUUGUUGUCUCUUUGAAUCAUUGUGAAAACGAACGCAUUGUUUACAAUUAAACAGCUUUUAAUGAUUUAAUUAAUUGAAAAACUAAUGUGUAACUUAGCAUUCAAUUCAAUUAGUGGACAUUCUUAUUAAUACCGAACGUUACUGAGUCACGGUAACGAUUAGGACUUUCCAGAAUUUCUUCGUCAGAAAAAAAAAAUAGGCGCGUGAUUUGUGUUUUUUAUAAUUAAAUAAAAAUGAGUAGAUGUGAUUUUAAAAUAGUGUUAUUAGGUAGUGAACAUGUUGGAAAAACUAGUUUAGUUCUAAGAUUUGUAAAUUGCAGAUUUAAUGCCGAUGUUCCUUAUCAAAAUACGGUCGGCGCGGCGUUCUGCGCGAAAACAAUGGAAUCUAAUGGGAAGAGCUUCAAUGUUGGUAUUUGGGACACAGCGGGCAGCGAAAGAUAUGAAGCAAUGACAAAGAUAUACUACAGAGGGGCACACGCGGCUAUCAUAUGCUAUGAGCCUUCCUCUAUAGCGUCCUGGAAUAGAUUGAGGCACUGGCUACAAGAGUUAAGAGGAGUUGAGGAGAACUGCAAAGUAUAUCUAUGUGGUACCAAAAAGGAUCUUUUAGACGGUGGCUUCGUGACCAGAGAGGUACCAGAAGACAUAGUAGCCACAUACUCACAAGGUCUAUGUGGCCAUUUCUUCACAUCGAGUAAAACUGCUGAAAAUGUUGAUGAACUAUUUCAAAAAAUAGUGGAUGAUUGCGCAGCGGAUGCUCAACUGAUGAAAAACGUCGAAGAUAUGAGAGUGCAGCUACAAAAAGACGAGGCAGCUUACAAAGCGAAGAGUAAAGACUAUUGCUUCUGCUGAAAAGACCGAGUAGACCGAGAAGACCGGAUACGAUAAAUCUAUAAAAAAACAAAACCAGACUUUUUUAAUGCAAAUUAAAAGAACGGUUUGUAUGUCGAGUAGACUGAAAAGACCGGGUUCAUAAACGCAGAUAAAUAACAAAAACAAACUUUCCUUAUCCAGUAAUACUCAAAAUACUGGUUUUUAAAUGAGUAUACCUAAAAGACCAUGGUCUACUGUGCAGGAUUAACAUGUAAGAUGAUUAUAAACGAUGAUUUUUAAGAGAAAAUAAGGGUUUCAAAGUUGUAUAAACAUCAUCAUGAGUGUAGUAGAACAAAAAGACCAGAAGUCAGGUCGGCUUUAAAUUAGGCGUUGGUGUUGCUAAUCUAUUUAAGUUAACUUUUUAAAUUAUUUACGUAUAAAUGAGCCAGUUGCAGGUAUUUUUAUGUACAUUUAAAAUUAAUAUUUGUUGCUUUCGGGUAAAAGGCAGAUAUUAUUUGUAUAUUUAUAUUAUUUUAUAGCGAUAUUUCACCAAAAUUAUAGAGCGAGUACACCAGGAGAUACAUGCGGUGUGACAAACAGCACCAAGGGUCAGUGAAGUCAGUAUCUUUUGUUGUAAAUGUGAAUUAAGUAAUUAUUGUCACUGAUUUGAAAAAAAAAAAAUAUUAUUGUGAUUGAUUUGAAAGCUUUAGUUCCUCAUUUUUUUGUGAUUGAUGAGAAAAAAUGGUAUUUUUAUUGUUUUAUCAUAUCGAAAUUUUAGCCAAAAUUCUUAUUUAUAAGUUCAAAGAAUUAUGUAUUUGUGUUUCCUAAUAAAUAAGGCAACUUUUUAUUAUUAUUUAUUUUCAAAAAUAUUUAAGUUGAUGUACUAAAUUAUGUAGCUCUUAUAAUUAUAAAAAAAUCCUAUGUCUAUGUAAGUGAAACGGAACGAAAUAAAAAAUGCUUGUAAUUAUUAUUAUUUUAUUAAAAAAUGUUUCUUAAUUAAUCCGCCAAUUAUUUAGAAGGCUUUAACUUAUUUAAAUGUAUAACUUUAUCAAAUAAAUAAGGUAGGUUCUGGAAAAUGGAUCAGAAAAAUCAGUUCAGCUGUUUCGGAUAUUGUCACAAAAUUAUUUGCAAAGUGUGUGUUUGUAUGAUUACUAGUUAAUAUUGAAACAGCUGAAUCUGUAUUGUAAGGUCUACAAUCUUUUUCAUGUUUCUAUCGCAUAUUAGAACGUAAAAGUCAGUCCUGCUUGUGAUCUCUCCGGUGGUGUCGGAUUGCCGUCCCAUCGCGCUAUGAGAGUGAAGGAAUAGUGAGUGCACCUGUGUCCAAGCAAAUGUGCGUGCACUAUAAUAUGUCCUGCGCAGCUGACUGAUCUCCUUAUAUGAGAAUAGCCGCCUUGGCCGAUAAUCGGCUAGGACAUCAUCAUAUUAGCUAAAAGUGGGCAAUGUUUUGUAUAAAUGUGUAAAAAAUAUUAUUUAAUCUCUAUUUUGAAUGAAGUCAAAAUGUAAAUAAAUAUUGUAAUAUUAUAUUUUGUAAGCUAAAUAAACAGCUUUAUAUUUGCUAUUUAAAAA